CCUUGUGAAUGGAUGGCGAUGUGCAAGGCUGCAUGGUGAACAACGGCGGCUUCCUCGAUAGAGCUAGGCUGUCACAUCUGUUACGAUGCGUCGAUGAGUUGAACACGGAAAUAAACUGGAAUUCUGACCGAUUUGUUAGGCUAGAUAUUUUAACACGCAAAGGAAUAGUUGGAGUUGGAGUUUCAUCCAAUGUCGAAUUUUGCACUGUGAUGAGGAAAUGAAGGCAGUUAUCCUCGUCAUAAUUACAUUUUGGUUAUUCAAUAAGUCUGCAGCUGAUAAAAAGUACUGCUGGUACUUUGAAGGAGGUUAUCCCAUCUAUUUUAUCUGUAGGUCUUAUGAGGACUGCUGUGAUACCGAGUGCUGUGUACGAGCCCUUUCCAUACAGAAAAUCUGGUACUUCUGGCUGCUGUUACUGCUGGCCAUCCUGUUCUGCUGUGGCGUCGGCUUCUUGUUCCGCAGACGCAUUUACGCCUCGGCCAUUCCUGAAGAGGCCACUUUCGAUGUGUCCUUCACCAGCCAUCCAGUGUCAGCAACAGGGUUGCAUGAGACUGACCUUAACAGCUAUAGAGGACCACAGGGUCUACUCUUCUCCCCCCCCUACCCAGGGCAGCCCCAUGCUCUUCACCUUUCUGUCCCUUACGCUGCACCACCAGCCUAUAGCAGCCAGCCGCCCCCCUCUUAUGAGCAGGCAGUGAAGGACUCACAGAAGAGAUAGCCCUGCAUGGAGGCUCAAUGCACUCUUUCUCAUGGGCCAGGCAGUAGAGAGUUCAUCCAGUGGUGUGGUUGGAAGACACUUCAUUUUGUUUUGUCUUGUGGACAAGGUUCUUACAAAUGAUUCAGAAGCAAGUAAUUCAGUGUUACUAAAAUUCUACAAAUUACAGAACACAGUGAUAAAGUUGGUCCUUCUUUCAUGCAGCCUCAAUUUAACAUGGAAAGACAUAAGACAUGGCAUUCUUGGGAGAACAUUACUGAUCAUAGCCAUUGUUCAACCAUUGUGGAUUAACAGUAUCCUUUUUAGAUCAUGUUAACUGUUUUGGGCAUACAUUCACUAAUAAACGUUUUCCUUGUUGACACACACACACACACACACACACACACACACACACACACACACACUCAUAUCAUAUAGAAAGUGGUGAUGAAAAUGUGUACUACUUGUGAAAUACUUUGUGUUUCAGUGGGCUCCCUUGCCAAGUAAAAGGCCAUCAUCUCUCUUCUAAGAUACUCCUUUUAAAGGUAACAUGAAAGGAUGAUGAUGAAUGCAACCACAAGAUAAAUGUGGAGGUGGUGUGUGGUGGUUUAGCCCACAAGGGGUCACUGCAGAUCCAGUAGCUGGGACUCUGCUUCCGUUAAACUGAAUAGCACAACUCACUAUUUCCUAUUUUCCAAAGCUUUUGUGUCUAGUUUUGUUUGAAAACAAUGGACUGUAGAUUUGCCGUAAAGGACGUGCCACUAAAUAUGUGUGGUUAUA